AUUGCUUUCAGAGUCCAAUAACACGACCACUCACCACACCAAUUCUACGUUCUCAUUGGUCAGGAAAUUUUUGUCGUGAAUUAAGUGAAAGUGACCUUUGACCUACGACCUUUACCUGUGUAUCCCUCCGUCUCCUUCUCCCAUGUCUGCUCCACCAUGGAGGAGGAGAAGAAGAUCCAUAAGAGAAACUUUAACACGAUACCCAUCUCACUUCACAUCCAUUUAAAUCCAAUUCUCUUCUUUCUCUCACUCUUUCUAUUACCCAUUUGCUACUCUGCCCUCCUCAAGCCACCCCCACUUCCAAUUUUGCCACUCCCCUCUGCCCCUCAGCUCCAAUGGCAACUCACUUCCAUGGCCCUCUUCUUUCACUUUGGUCCCAAUACCUUCACAGACUCUGAGUGGGGUACUGGCGGAGCUGACCCUUCUUCAUUCAACCCGACCCGCCUCAACACCACUCAGUGGGUUCAAGUGGCGAAAGAUGCUGGCUUUAAUCGUGUGAUACUCACUGCGAAACACCAUGAUGGGUUCUGUUUAUGGCCUAGCGAAUAUACAGAUUACUCUGUGAAGUCAAGUUCUUGGAGGAAUGGAGCUGGUGAUGUUGUUAAAGAACUGGCUUUGUCUGCCAAAGAGGCUGGCUUGGAUUUAGGCCUUUAUCUUUCACCAUGGGAUAGGCAUGAGGUGUCUUAUGGGAAAACUCUGGAAUAUAAUGAGUUCUACAUGGGCCAAAUGACUGAGUUGUUGACCAGGUAUGGAGAGAUCAAAGAGGUAUGGUUGGAUGGUGCAAAAGGGGAGGGAGAGAAGGACAUGGAGUACUUUUUUGAUUGUUGGUUUAGUCUCAUCCAUCAAUUACAGCCUGGGGCUGUCAUAUUUUCUGAUGCUGGUCCUGAUACAAGAUGGAUUGGGGAUGAGGCUGGUGUUGCUGGGUCUACAUGUUGGUCUCUUUUUAAUCGAAGUUCUGCCAAAAUUGGAGCCACUGAUCCAAAAUACUUACAGGGAGGAGACCCUUCAGGUCAUGAUUGGGUGCCUGCUGAGUGUGAUGUCUCCAUUAGACCUGGCUGGUUUUGGCAUGCAUCAGAAAUCCCAAAAUCUGCAAUGAGGCUUCUUGAUAUAUAUUACAAAUCUGUUGGCAGAAACUGCCUAUUGUUACUAAAUGUGCCCCCUAACUCUUCAGGCCUUGUAUCAGCUGAAGACAUUAAAGUGCUUCAAGAAUUUACUGAACUCCAGAAGUCUAUAUUUUCUUAUAAUCUAGCCAAGAAUGCUCUUCUUAGUGCCAGCAGUACACGAGGCGGCAUUGUCGAUUCACGGUUUGACCCCAACAAUGUCCUUGAAGAAGGAAUCUACACCUAUUGGGCUCCUGAGGAGAAUCAAUCAAAUUGGGAGUUAUAUUUAGAUCUUUCGGAGUCGGUAUCUUUCAAUGUUCUGCAAGUGCAAGAACCAAUUCAAAUGGGACAACGGAUUAUUGAGUUCCAUCUUGAGAUUGAAAAAGAUGGGGAAUGGAAAAAAGUGAUCAAUGGCACCACAGUAGGAUAUCAGAGGCUUUUGCAAUUUCCCACUGUAGAAUCUCAGCACCUGAAAUUUGUUAUAGACAAGACUCGGGCAGACCCACUAAUUUCUUUUUUGGGUGUCUAUAUGGAUUCAUUUUCCCUUGUGGGUAAUAAAUUUGAUAAUAGCUCACAAAUGCACUUCAACAGCAGUGCAGUAGUUCAGGAAGCUAGAAGCAACCAUUUCUUGAACAGCAGUGAAGUACUUCGGCAAACUAGUCCCAAUCAUACUCAAACUGCUGCAUUGUAAUGUAUGUAGAUUUCCAUUACCUUGUUGCACAGCUGAUUGUUCAAUCUUCAAA